AUGGAUCCCGAGCAAAAAGACGCGUACGCGUGUCCCAGCUUUAACAGCUACUCCUCCGACCGAUUAGCGCAGAUCGCCGCGAGACCGGCGGCCGGAGAUCCGAGCGCCGCCGCACGGAUCGGAUCAGACGACGACGACGACUUCGAAUUCGCCCCGGUUCGCGACGGCGGGGAGAUUUCACCCGUCGAUUUCGCCGGAUACUCCCAAAACGGCACCGUAUUCCCAUUAUUCGAUCGAGACCUUUUGCCAGACGAAAAAAUACCGCCGGAAACGCGCGUCGCGGCUCCGUUGAGCAAGCUCUUCGCCGAGGGCUGCGAAAAUCCGGCGUCGUGCUCGUCGUCGGAGGCCGAAGAGCCGGAGGACGUUCCGGCGGGCGCGUACUGCGCGUGGCACCCGUCACCUGGCCGGUGCAGGAAGAGCAGCUCGACGGGGUCGGCGCUCAGGCGGUGGAGUAUCCGUAACCUGCUGCGCAGCAGCAGCGAGGGGAAGGGCAAAUUCGACUUUUUGGCACAGAAAAACCGGGAGGACCGGUUGCCGGUCGAGGAAACAGAUAGAAAGGGCGCGCGCUCGGCUCACGAGGCGCUGUACCUACAGAACCGAGAGGCUGCCGAAGGGAAUAAGAAGAAAUCGUAUUUGCCUUACAGACGAGAUAUCGUGGGGUUUUUCGUUAACGUCGAGGGCUUGGGUAAAGGUUUCCCGCGCUUCUAA